AGUGUUACUUACAUUAAAAUAUUAAUAUGUCUUUUUGUUUGUCCACAGUGAUGCAUUUCGAGUGUUAUGGCAACGUUGCAGUAACGUACUGACAGUUAACUAAGAAUUCAAAAUGGCGGAAGCGGAGGGAGGAGCAAGCGAGCAAGAUGAUGUUUCAUUCUUGCGUACGGAAGACAUGGUGUGCCUGUCAUGCACGGCGACUGGCGAGAGAGUGUGUUUGGCGGCCGAGGGGUUCGGUAACCGACACUGUUUCCUCGAGAACAUCGCCGAUAAGAACAUACCGCCAGACCUAUCACAAUGUGUGUUUGUAAUCGAACAGGCUUUAUCAGUAAGAGCUUUGCAAGAGUUGGUGACGGCUGCAGGGUCUGAAACUGGUAAAGGCACCGGUUCUGGUCAUCGUACCCUGUUGUACGGCAAUGCUAUCCUACUGCGACAUCUCAACAGUGACAUGUACCUGGCCUGUCUGUCGACGUCUUCAUCUCAGGACAAGCUGGCCUUUGACGUGGGUCUACAAGAGCAUUCUCAGGGUGAGGCCUGCUGGUGGACGCUGCACCCUGCCAGCAAACAGAGAUCAGAGGGUGAGAAAGUCCGAGUCGGUGAUGACUUGAUUCUGGUAUCCGUGGCUACUGAAAGAUACUUGCACACCACAAAAGAAAACGAAGUAUCGAUAGUGAACGCUUCAUUCCACGUGACUCACUGGUCAGUGCAACCGUACGGUACUGGCAUCUCUCGCAUGAAGUACGUGGGAUAUGUCUUCGGAGGUGAUGUCCUGAGGUUCUUCCACGGAGGAGACGAGUGUCUAACCAUACCCAGUACGUGGACUAAAGAUGGGGGACAGAAUAUUGUGGUCUACGAAGGCGGUUCCGUGAUGUCACAAGCUCGUUCACUAUGGCGCUUAGAGCUGGCUCGCACCAAGUGGGCAGGAGGCUUCAUCAACUGGUACCAUCCAAUGAGGAUCCGACACAUCACCACUGGCAGAUACCUCGGAGUCAAUGACCAGAAUGAGCUGUAUUUAGUUAGCAGAGAGGAAGCCACUACAGCAUCCUGCGCGUUCUGCCUCCGCCAAGAGAAGGAUGAUCAGAAACAGGUGUUGGAAGACAAGGACCUGGAAGUUAUAGGCGCUCCCAUCAUCAAGUAUGGUGACUCCACUGUCAUUGUACAGCACUCGGAGACUGGGUUGUGGCUCUCUUAUAAGUCAUAUGAGACAAAGAAGAAAGGAGUAGGCAAAGUAGAAGAGAAGCAGGCGAUCCUACACGAGGAAGGCAAGAUGGACGACGGACUGGACUUCUCAAGGUCACAAGAGGAGGAGUCCAGGACUGCUAGAGUCAUUAGGAAGUGUUCGUCUCUGUUCACCAAGUUUAUCAAUGGUCUGGAAACUCUGCAAGAGAACCGUCGUCAUUCGAUGUUCUUCGCGUCAGUCAAUCUUGGAGAGAUGGUGAUGUGCCUCGAGGAUCUGAUCAACUACUUCGCUCAGCCAGAUGAGGAUAUGGAGCACGAAGAAAAACAGAACAAAUUCCGCGCGCUCCGAAACCGUCAGGAUCUGUUCCAAGAGGAAGGUAUCCUCAACUUGAUCCUCGAAGCCAUCGACAAGAUCAACGUCAUCACAUCACAGGGCUUCUUGGCUGGGUUCCUGGCGGGAGACGAGUCUGGGCAGAGCUGGGAGAUGAUCUCAGGGUACCUGUAUCAAUUGCUUGCGGCCAUAAUAAAGGGCAACCACACGAACUGCGCUCAGUUCGCCAACUCGAACCGCUUGAACUGGUUGUUCUCCCGGCUCGGGUCGCAGGCGUCGGGCGAGGGGACCGGCAUGUUGGACGUACUACACUGCGUGCUCAUUGACUCGCCUGAAGCCUUGAAUAUGAUGAGGGAUGAACACAUAAAAGUAAUUAUCUCCCUCCUUGAGAAGCACGGUCGUGAUCCGAAAGUACUAGAUGUCCUAUGUUCACUCUGCGUCGGUAACGGGGUGGCCGUCCGUUCGUCACAGAACAAUAUCUGCGACUAUUUACUGCCGGGCAAGAACUUGCUCUUACAGACUGCCUUAGUAGACCAUGUGUCCAGUGUUCGUCCAAAUAUCUUCGUGGGACGUGUAGAAGGGUCGGCAGUGUAUCGUAAAUGGUACUUUGAAGUGACCAUGGAUCAUAUCGAGAAGACCACACAUAUGAUGCCGCAUCUUAGAAUCGGAUGGGCUAAUACUACUGGCUACGUACCCUACCCUGGUGGUGGUGAGAAGUGGGGAGGUAACGGUGUGGGAGAUGAUCUAUACUCGUAUGGUUUCGAUGGAGCGUACCUCUGGUCUGGUGGCAGAAAGACGCAGGUUAACAGGACCCACGCUGAGGAACCUUAUAUUAGGAAAGGUGAUGUCAUCGGCUGCGCUUUAGACCUGACAGUGCCUAUCAUCAACUUCAUGUUCAACGGCGUGAGAGUGACAGGCUCCUUCACGAACUUCAACCUGGAGGGCAUGUUCUUCCCUGUCAUCAGCUGUUCGAGCAAGCUAAGUUGUCGUUUCCUCCUGGGAGGCGAGCACGGUCGGCUCCGUUACGCGGCCCCGGAGGGGUACUCUCCCCUGGUGGAGUCGCUCCUCCCUCAACAGAUCCUCAGCCUGGAGCCAUGCUUCUACUUCGGGAACUUGUCCAAGCGAGCUCUGGCUGGUCCACCGCUAGUACAGGAUGAUACAGCUUUCGUGCCAACUCCUGUUGAUACGCUGCAGAUACCAUUACCUUCAUACGUGGAACAGAUCAGAGACAAGCUAGCUGAAAACAUUCACGAAAUGUGGGCCAUGAACAAGAUCGAAGCAGGUUGGAUGUACGGAGAUCAGCGCGACGACUUGCACAAGAUCCACCCCUGCCUGGUGCCCUUCGAGCGCCUGCCUCCCGCCGAGAAGAGAUACGACAUACAACUUGCUGUGCAAACACUCAAGACAAUCCUGGCCCUAGGCUACUACAUCAGCUUAGACAAGCCGCCGGCGCGCAUACGCAACGUUCGUCUGCCGAACGAACCGUUCAUGCAGUCAAACGGCUACAAGCCAGCACCCCUGGACCUGAGUGCUGUCACCCUGACACCCAAGAUGGACGAGCUCGUGGACCAGCUCGCUGAGAACACUCACAAUCUAUGGGCCAGGGAGAGGAUCCAGCAGGGCUGGACAUAUGGACUUAAUGAGGACCCCGACAUGCACCGCUCUCCCCACCUGGUGCCCUACCCGAAGGUAGACGAUGCUAUAAAGAAGGCCAACAGAGAUACUGCCUCGGAGACUGUGAGGACUUUACUCGUCUAUGGAUACAACCUGGACCCACCCACUGGAGAACAGCAUGAAGCCCUCUUGUUAGAAGCAUCAAAACAGAAGCAAGCAGAGUUCAGAACGUACAGAGCUGAGAAGAACUAUGCGGUCGGCUCCGGAAAGUGGUACUUUGAGUUCGAGAUCCUUACAGCUGGGCCGAUGAGGGUGGGUUGGGCCCAUGCUGACAUGGCUCCGGGCAUGAUGCUAGGACAAGACGAAAACUCCUGGGCAUUUGAUGGAUACAAUGAGGAAAAAGUGUUCAGCGGUAGCACAGAAUCGUUCGGCAAGCAAUGGUCUGUGGGAGACGUAGUCGGCGUGUUCCUAGAUCUCAUUGAUAAGACGAUAAGUUUCUCUCUGAACGGAGAGCUGUUGAUGGACGCUCUCGGUGGAGAGACCACAUUCGCUGAUGUUCAGGGCGAUAACUUCGUGCCAGCUUGCACUUUGGGAGUGGGACAGAAAGCUAGGUUAACAUACGGUCAAGAUGUGAACACCCUGAAAUAUUUCACGACAUGCGGUCUUCAGGAGGGCUAUGAGCCAUUCUGUGUCAACAUGAAACGCGACGUGACACACUGGUACACGAAGGACCAGCCCAUCUUCGAGAACACGGACGAGAUGAUCGACACCAGGAUUGAUGUUACUAGGAUACCUGCUGGAUCUGACACGCCACCUUGCUUGAAAAUAUCUCACAACACAUUCGAGACUAUGGAGAAAGCGAACUGGGAGUUCCUGCGACUGUCGCUACCAGUCAUCUGCCACAACGAGUUUAUAGAUGAGGCAGAAAAAGCCAGGCGCUGGGUGGAAAUCAAGGAACGCCAGCAGAUUCUCAUGAAGGAGGCGGUGGAAGCUCAGAUGCCUGCUCACAUCGACCAGAUCAUGAGGAGUGGCUUCACCAUGAACGAUAUUAAAGGUUUGCACUACGAGGACAAUCAGGAAGAGGUCCCAAGUUCGAAGGUCAAGCGGCAACCGUCGAGACCUCCACGUAAGGGUUCGAUGACCAGAGGCGUGUCUAUACAAAAUUACAAUAAUUUACAACCAGGUCAAGUAAACGGUAUGCAUCGGUCGACCAGUGAGGCUGAGAUGGCUAAAUACGAGUUGGGUGCACAAAACUUGAGCCCUGAUGAUAAGAAGGAUAAACGUGGACGGUCACCUUUCAAGUUCUUCAGAAGCAAACGAGGUGAAAGUAGCGACCGUGCCAAGAGCCGUAAGUCCAAGACACCAGAUCCAUUCAGUGACACCGAAGUAUCCCCUGAACGUGGACCUCGAAGACCAAACCCUCAAAUCAAAGUGUCGCAGGCGAAUCAAAGAUAUAACGGCAUGAACGCGCGCCCUAGUCGGGCCAACUUGUAUGGAAGCCAAGUUGGUCUCAACUCCAACGCUCAGAUGGCGACGCCUACGCAAGACAGGAAACAAAUGACUACGAGCACUCUUGCGCAGUCCACGACGGAAACUGUUGGCAAUGAGAUCUUCGACGCUGAGUGCUUGAAGCUCAUCAAUGAAUACUUUUAUGGAGUUAGGAUAUUCCCCGGUCAAGAUCCGACACAUGUGUACAUAGGUUGGGUGACGACUCAGUACCAUCUUCACUCCAAGGACUUCAACCAGAGCAAGGUGACCAAGUCAUCGGUUAUCAUCACCGAUGAUUACGACAGAGUUGUCGAAAAUGUAAACCGUCAAUCCUGCUACAUGGUGCGUGCUGACGAGCUGUACAACGAGGUGAUGGCUGAAGCCACAGCUAAGGGAGCGUCCCAAGGCAUGUUCAUUGGGUGCUCCGUGGACACCUCUACUGGCACUGUCUCCUUUACUUGUGAGGGAAAGGAUACUAGCUUUAAAUUCAAGAUGGAACCAGAAACGAAGCUGUUCCCAGCAAUCUUCGUGGAGGCCACGUCGAAGGAGAUCCUCCAGAUAGAGCUGGGCAGGUCUACCACCAGCCUGCCUCUGUCGGCCGCAGUGCUCCCGACCAGUGACAAGCACGUCAUCCCCCAGUUCCCCCCCAGGUUGAAAGUGCAGUGCUUGAAGCCACAUCAGUGGGCAAGAGUACCGAACCAAUCUUUACAAGUACACGCUCUCAAGUUGUCAGACAUCCGCGGUUGGUCCAUGCUGUGUGAGGAUGCAGUGUCUAUGCUAGCUUUGCAUAUACCAGAGGAAGACCGUUGCAUAGACAUUCUAGAACUAAUAGAAAUGGACAAACUUCUAAGUUUCCACUCACACACACUCACUUUGUAUGCCGCAUUGUGUUACCAGAGUAAUUAUAGGGCUGCGCACGCGCUGUGCACGCACGUGGACCAGAAGCAGUUGCUGUACGCGAUCCAGUCGCAGUACAUGUCGGGCCCGCUGCGGCAGGGCUUCUACGACCUACUCAUCGCGCUGCAUCUCGAGUCGCACGCCACCACCAUGGAGGCGUGUAAGAAUGAGUUCGUGAUCCCGCUGGGCCCGGAGCUGAAGGCGCUGUACGAGGAGCCCGACAUGGGACACAGUCUGCGCUCGCUGCAGACUGAGAGCGUUAGGCCGCAGAUGAAGAUGACUGAUAUAGCUGAAAGCAUAACAGACAUUAGCAACCUAUACUCCCCGUACUUCCCGCUGGAGGUGGUCCGUGAGUUCGUGAUGCAAGCUCUGGCGGAGGCCGUGGAGACCAACCAGGUUCAUAACAGGGAUCCUGUAGGAGGCAGCAAUGAAAACCUGUUCCUGCCAUUGAUAAAGCUAGUAGACCGACUACUCUUAGUCGGAAUGAUGCGCGAUGAAGAUGUUGAGAAGCUGCUCAUUAUGACCAACCCUGAAACGUGGGACCCUUCGUUUGACAAAGAAGGUAAAGACGAACACCGCAAAGGUCUGCUUCACAUGAAAAUGGCUGAAGGCGCAAAGUUACAGAUGUGUUACCUACUACAACAUCUGAACGACAUACAACUGAGACACAGGGUCGAAGCUAUCAUUGCGUUUGCGCAUGACUUCGUUGGAGAUCUACAGACUGAUCAGUUGAGACGUUACACAGAGAUCAAGCAGUCAGACCUGCCUAGCGCGGUAGCAGCUAAGAAGACGAGAGAGUUCCGUUGCCCACCCAGAGAACAAAUGAACGCAAUCUUGAGUUUCAAGCACUUGGAAGAAGAAGACAAAGAGAACUGUCCGUGUGGAGAGGAACUGAUCGCCAGGAUGAACGAGUUCCACGAGAGUCUGAUGGCACAUGUGUCGCUUAAUGCUUUACAGGAACCGGAUGGCACGGAGAACCAAGAACCUGAGGCGAAACCAGGUGCCUUUGGCAAGUUGUACAACAUUAUUAACACUGUGAAGGAACUCGAAGAAGAACCCAAGGCCAUCGAUGAGCCACCAAAGAAGACCCCAGAAGAGAAAUUCCGUAAGGUCUUAAUCCAGACCAUCGUCAACUGGGCUGAGGAGUCGCAGAUUGAAACUCCCAAACUGGUCAGGGAAAUGUUCAGUCUCCUAGUCCGUCAGUACGACGCAGUGGGCGAGUUGAUCCGUGCCCUGGAGAAGACAUACGUCAUCAAUGCGAAGACCAAGCUGGACGUGGCAGAGAUGUGGGUCGGACUCAGUCAGAUUCGAGCUCUUCUACCUGUACAGAUGAGUCAAGAGGAGGAGGAACUUAUGAGGAAGAGGCUUUGGAAACUCGUCAACAACCACACGUUCUUCCAACAUCCAGACUUGAUAAGAGUGCUCCGCGUGCACGAGAACGUGAUGGCGGUGAUGAUGAACACGCUGGGCCGCCGCGCGCAGGCGCAGUCCGACGCGCAGCCCGCCUCGCCGCCCGUCGCAGAGGACAACAAGGAGAAGGACACAUCCCACGAGAUGGUAGUCGCCUGUUGUCGCUUCCUCUGCUACUUCUGUCGUACGGGGCGACAGAACCAGAAGGCAAUGUUCGAUCACUUCGACUUCCUGCUGGAGAACUCCAACAUCUUGCUGUCCAGACCCUCGUUGAGAGGUUCCACGCCUCUAGACGUGGCGUAUUCCAGUUUGAUGGAGAAUACUGAGCUGGCUUUGGCUUUGAGAGAGCACUACCUAGAAAAGAUAGCAGUGUACCUGUCUCGCUGUGGACUGCAGAGUAACUCGGAGCUCGUCGAGAAAGGAUAUCCGGACCUUGGGUGGGAUCCAGUCGAGGGCGAACGUUAUCUGGACUUCUUACGAUUCUGUGUCUGGGUUAACGGUGAAAGCGUAGAAGAGAAUGCGAACUUAGUGAUCCGUCUUCUGAUCCGUCGUCCUGAGUGUUUGGGUCCCGCCCUCAGAGGAGAGGGUGAGGGUCUACUGAAGGCCAUCGUAGACGCUAAUAAAAUGAGUGAGAGGAUCGCCGACAGGAGGAAACUGAGGGAGAUGGAACAAGAAGGGGAUAUUAAUUUCAGUCACCCGCUCCCCGAGUCCGACGAGGACGAGGACUACAUCGACACUGGAGCCGCCAUACUUAACUUCUACUGCACUCUAGUGGACUUGCUGGGGCGGUGCGCGCCUGAUGCAGGGGUUAUUGCACUGGGCAAGAACGAGUCCCUCCGAGCCCGCGCCAUCCUCCGUUCCCUGGUACCCCUGGAGGACCUGCAGGGAGUGCUCAGUCUGAGGUUCACGCUCAACAACCCCGCUGCGGGAGAGGAGAGACCUAAAUCUGACAUGCCGUCAGGGCUGAUCCCCGGCCACAAGCAGAGCGUGGGUCUGUUCCUGGAGCGAGUGUACGGCAUCGAGACCCAGGAGCUGUUCUACAAGUUGUUGGAGGAAGCGUUCCUGCCUGACCUCAGGGCUGCUACCAUGCUGGAUAGGAACGACGGCUGCGAGUCCGACAUGGCCCUCUCAAUGAACCGCUACAUCGGCAACUCCAUCCUGCCUCUACUGAUCAAACACGCCUACUUCUACAACGAGGCCGAGAACUACGCCAGUCUCUUGGACGCCACGCUACAUACUGUUUAUAGGUUAUCAAAGAACCGCAUGUUAACCAAGGGCCAACGUGAGGCGGUGUCAGACUUCCUGGUCGCCCUAACAUCGGCCAUGCAGCCUUCUAUGUUGUUGAAACUGUUGAGGAAACUGACAGUGGAUGUGUCCAAACUGUCUGAGUACACGACUGUCGCUCUUAGGCUUUUAACCCUACACUACGAGCGUUGUGCCAAGUACUACGGUAGUACAGGAGCCGGCCAGGGUGUGUACGGAGCAUCAUCAGACGAGGAGAAGAGGCUCACUAUGAUGCUGUUCUCAAACAUCUUCGAUUCCCUCAGCAAGAUGGACUAUGAGCCUGAACUCUUUGGGAAGGCGUUGCCUUGUUUGAUUGCUAUUGGAUGCGCUUUACCACCCGAUUAUUCGCUUUCCAAGAACUAUGACGAUGAAUUCUACGGCAAAGAGCAAGUGGCUGGUGACCUAGACAAUCCUCAAUACGAUCCUCAGCCGAUCAACACAUCAUCAGUAGCCCUCAACAACGACUUAAACACAAUAGUCCAGAAGUUCUCUGAACAUUACCACGAUGCCUGGGCUUCUAGGAAGAUCGAGAACGGAUGGGUCUACGGAGAAGGAUGGUCUGAUAGCCAGAAGACGCAUCCACGACUGAAACCGUAUAAUAUGCUUAAUGACUACGAAAAGGAGCGUUACAAGGAACCAGUUCGUGAAUCUUUGAAAGCCCUUCUAGCCAUCGGAUGGUCAGUGGAACAUUCAGAAGUGGACAUACCAAGCACAAACCGCAGUUCCAUGAGAAGGCAAUCCAAGUCGGGAGGCACGGACUCAGCAACUCCCUUCAAUUACAACCCGCACCCAGUAGACAUGACUAACUUGACGCUAUCAAGAGAGAUGCAGAAUAUGGCAGAAAGACUGGCUGAUAAUGCCCACGAUAUCUGGGCUAAGAAGAAGAAAGAAGAACUUGUUACUAAUGGAGGAGGCAUCCACCCACAACUCGUACCCUACGAUCUCUUAACAGACAAAGAGAAGAAGAAGGACAGAGAGAGAUCACAAGAGUUCCUCAAAUAUUUACAAUACCAAGGUUACAAACUACACAGGCCAAGCAAGGCACCACAGAGUGAUACGGAACAGACCACUACGGGCGUAGCAAUAGAACUCAGAUUCGCUUACUCGUUACUGGAGAAGUUGAUCCAGUACAUAGAUAGAGCUACCAUCAAUAUGAAGCUCUUGAAACCUUCUACUACAUUCAGUAGGAGAACUAGUUUUAAAACUAGUACGAGGGAUAUUAAGUUCUUUUCUAAGGUGGUGCUGCCUCUGAUGGAGAAGUACUUCUCAACGCAUAGGAACUACUUCAUAGCAGUAGCUACUGCUACCAAUAAUGUGGGUGCUGCCAGUUUGAAGGAGAAAGAGAUGGUUGCAGCUCUAUUCUGUAAACUGGCCAGUUUACUUAGAUCUAGACUCGCAGCGUUCGGUCCUGAUGUCCGCAUCACCGUCCGUUGUCUCCAAGUGCUGGUCAAGGGCAUUGACGCCAAGUCUCUGGUGAAGAACUGCCCCGAGUUCAUCAGGACGUCCAUGUUGACCUUCUUCAAUAAUGUUGCUGAUGAUGUAGGGCAUACCAUCAUGAAUCUUCAGGAUGGUAAAUACGCACAUCUCCGAGGUACACACUUGAAGACAUCCACGUCACUUGGCUACAUUAACGGAGUUCUACUACCAAUACUGACGGCCAAGUUUGAUCACUUGGCCAACUGCGAGUACGGAGCUGACCUACUAUUGGAUGAGAUCCAAGUGGCGUCAUACAAGAUGCUGGGUUCACUGUACGCGUUGGGCACUGACGCGUCCCUCACACACGACAGAAAAUACCUCAAGACUGAAAUCGAGAGACAUAAACCUGCUUUGGGUUCGUGCCUCGGUGCGUUCAGCUCGACAUUCCCCGUGGCGUUUUUGGAGCCUCACUUGAACAAACACAAUCAGUUCUCCUUGCUGAACAGGAUCGCUGACCACUCUUUGGAGGCUCAAGAUAUAAUGCAGAAAAUGGAACAAUGCAUGCCGACACUAGAAACGAUCUUAGGUGAAGUGGACCAGUUCGUGGAGUCUGAUAAGACUUACAACGAAGCUCCUCAUAUUAUUGAUGUGGUGUUGCCUUUACUCUGCUCUUAUUUGCCGUUCUGGUGGGCACAGGGACCUGAUAACGUUACUCCUACUGGAGGCAACCACGUUACAAUGGUGACAGCAGAACAUAUGAACCAACUUCUAAAGAACGUUCUGAAGCUCAUCAAGAAGAACAUAGGCAAUGAGAACGCUCCAUGGAUGACUCGCAUAGCUACCUAUACCCAACAGAUCAUCAUCAACAGUUCAGAGGAACUCCUCAGGGACUCCUUCCUUCCUCUCGCUGAGAGGGUCCGAAAGAGGACCGAUAAUAUGUUCCAUAAGGAGGAGAGCUUGAGAGGAUUUAUAAAGUCAUCAACUGACGAUACAUCUCAAGUAGAAUCUCAAAUCCAAGAAGACUGGCAGCUGUUGGUUCGUGACAUAUAUUCCUUCUACCCACUGCUCAUCAAAUAUGUAGACUUACAAAGAAACCACUGGCUCAGGAACAACGUGCCAGAGGCAGAAGAGCUUUACAACCACGUUGCUGAAAUUUUCAACAUCUGGUCCAAGAGUCAGUACUUCUUGAAAGAGGAGCAGAACUUCAUAUCUGCUAAUGAGAUCGAUAACAUGGUACUGAUCAUGCCAACAGCAACUAGAAGGGUAACAGCAGUUGUAGACGGUACUCCACAAGCCGGUGGCAAGAAAAAGAAGAAGCACCGCGAUAAGAAGCGUGAUAAAGACAAAGAAGUCCAAGCUUCUCUAAUGGUGGCCUGUCUCAAAAGACUUCUGCCAGUAGGACUGAACCUCUUCGCAGGUAGAGAGCAGGAACUGGUACAGCAUUGCAAAGACAGGUUCCUGAAGAAAAUGUCCGAACAAGAUGUAGCUGAAUUUGCGAAAACACAAUUGACAUUGCCUGAUAAAAUUGACCCAGCUGAUGAAAUGUCUUGGCAACAUUACUUGUAUAGCAAACUUGGUUCUAAGAGUAAAACGAAUAUCACUGUUGAGACUGCUGAGAAUAAAGCUAAAAUAAUUGAUGACACCGUGGAAAGGAUUGUUGCUAUGAGCAAAGUGCUGUUUGGAUUACAUAUGAUUGACCAUCCCCAACAAAUGAGUAAGAAUGUCUACCGUUCAGUGGUGUCUAUACAACGUAAGCGAGCUGUCAUCGCUUGCUUCAGACAGACGUCGCUACAUUCUCUGCCGAGACAUCGAGCGUGUAAUAUAUUCGCUCGAACAUAUUACGAGCUGUGGCUGGAAGAAGAGAACGUUGGCCAAGAAGUCAUGAUUGAAGAUCUUACGCAAUCGUUCGAAGACGCGGAGCUGAAGAAGAGCGACGGUGAGGAGGAGGGAGAGAAGCCUGAUCCUCUGACACAGCUGGUCACCACCUUCUGCAGGGGAGCCAUGACUGAGAGAUCUGGAGCGUUACAGGAGGAUCCACUCUACAUGUCUUACGCACAUAUCAUAGCAAAGUCCUGUGGAGAAGAAGAGGAAGAAGGGGGCGGGGAAGAAGAAGAGGGCGGGGGUGAGGCUGAGGCAGAAGAUGAGGGCAGAGCCAGUAUACAUAAAACUAUGGAUAUGUUUAUGGAACAAGAAAUGGAAAAACAGAAGUUACUCUUCCAUCAAGCUCGUCUAGCGAACAGGGGUGUGGCAGAGAUGGUGCUCCUCCAUAUAUCGGCGUCCAAGGGGCUACCUAGCGAGAUGGUGAUGAAGACUCUACAGCUGGGAAUCUCUAUACUUAGGGGAGGCAAUAUUGAUAUACAGAUGGGUAUGCUGAACCAUCUGAAAGACAAGAAAGACGUCGGAUUCUUCACUUCGAUAGCUGGUCUCAUGAACUCCUGCUCCGUGCUCGAUCUGGACGCCUUCGAGAGGAAUACUAAGGCUGAAGGUCUGGGAGUGGGCCUGGAAGGCGCGGCGGGUGAGAAGAACAUGCACGACGCGGAGUUCACGUGCGCACUGUUCCGGUUCAUACAACUUACUUGUGAAGGACACAACUUGGACUGGCAGAACUACCUCAGAACGCAGGCUGGUAACACGACGACAGUGAACGUCGUCAUCUGUACCGUCGACUACCUGCUGCGGCUACAGGAGUCCAUCAUGGACUUCUACUGGCAUUACUCCAGCAAGGAAUUAAUCGAUCCAGCUGGCAAGGCGAACUUCUUCAAGGCGAUAGGUGUCGCGUCCCAGGUGUUCAACACUCUCACUGAGGUCAUCCAGGGACCUUGUACACAGAACCAACAGGCUCUGGCACAUUCUAGGUUAUGGGACGCAGUUGGUGGUUUCCUUUUCCUAUUCUCCCACAUGCAGGACAAGUUGUCCAAGCACUCGUCCCAGGUGGACCUGCUGAAGGAACUCCUCAACCUGCAGAAGGAUAUGAUCACCAUGAUGCUGUCUAUGCUGGAAGGAAACGUUGUUAACGGCACUAUCGGUAAGCAGAUGGUGGACACCCUGGUAGAAUCUGCGUCCAACGUGGAGUUAAUCCUCAAAUACUUCGACAUGUUUCUGAAACUGAAGGACCUGACAUCUAGCGCCAGCUUCCAGGAGAUUGAUGCUAAUAAUGAUGGAUGGGUGCUGCCCAAGGACUUUAAGGAGAAGAUGGAACAGCAGAAGAGUUAUACACCGGAAGAAAUCGAGUUCCUCCUAGCAUGCUGUGAGACGAACCACGAUGGGAAACUGGACUACAUCGGCUUCUGCGACCGGUUCCAUGAACCCGCCAAGGAAAUCGGGUUCAACUUGGCUGUACUGCUCACGAACUUGUCUGAACAUAUGCCUAAUGAACCUAGGUUGGCCCGUUUCCUAGAGACAGCUGGUUCUGUCUUGAACUACUUCGAGCCAUUCCUCGGUCGCAUCGAGAUCAUGGGCGGGUCCAAGCGGAUAGAGCGGGUCUACUUCGAGAUCAAGGAGUCUAACAUCGAACAGUGGGAGAAACCACAGAUUAAGGAAUCGAAACGCGCAUUCUUCUACAGCAUAGUAACAGAAGGAGGAGACAAGGAGAAGUUGGAGGCCUUCGUCAACUUCUGCGAGGACGCCAUCUUUGAAAUGACUCACGCGUCCGGACUCAUGGCCGCGUCCGAGGAGUCUGUCGGAGGAACCAAGAAUAGGGAGGCCAGCUACAUGUAUAUGGGAGAUGAUGACGAUGAGAGAUCCGGCAAAGAUCCAUUCCGUCGUGGUCUCCAAUCAGUAAAAGACGGCAUCUACACAGCAUUCUCAUCCUUAUCCCCAUCGAACAUAAAGGCGAAAAUCGCAGAUCUCCAACAAAUGCCGCCAGCAGAACUAGCAGUGGGCUUCUUCAAAAUGUUCUUCCUAUUAUUCUAUUACUUGGGCUAUGGAAUGCUCGUCGUGAUCAGGUACAUAUUCGGCGUCCUUCUCGGUCUGAUGAGAGGUCCACAGACGGACGAACCGCCGCCCGAACCGACGGAGGAGGAGAAAAUCGGUUCUCGACAUCUACCAGCGUUACCACCAGCUGACGACACUGGGCAAAUGCAGGUCUCCGCAUUCGGACUGGAUAUCACUAAAGAAGACAAUGGACAGAUACAGGUAAAACCGCACGAGUCACCGAGCACAUCAACGCCAUCUUCCGGCGAGGAGGCUGAAGUAUCUCCUGAUGAGAACGCCGACCAUCCUGAAGAACAGAGACCACCGUCUCUCAUUGACCUACUUGGAGGAGAACAAGCAAAGAAGCAGGCUCAAGAACGUAUGGAAGCGCAGGCUGCCCAACAAGCCGCUAUGUCCGCCAUUGAAGCUGAGAGCAAAAAGGCAGUCCAAGGUCCGGCUCCAUCAGCGUUAUCACAAGUCGAUCUGUCCCAGUACACCAGGCGUGCUGUCUCCUUCUUGGCUCGAAACUUCUAUAAUUUGAAAUACGUCGCCCUCGUCUUGGCUUUCUGUAUCAACUUUGUACUGCUGUUCUAUAAGGUGUCUACGUUGGACGCGGAAGGUGGCGAGGGUUCUGGUCUGGGCGAUAUCAUCGCUGGAUCUGGAUCGGGCUCGGGAUCUGGAAGUGGAGAUGGUGGUAGCGGUGAAUCAGGUGAAGACGACGAUGCUUUAGAAGUGGUUCAUAUAGACGAGGACUUCUUUUACAUGGAGCAUGUCAUCAAAGUGGCCGCCGUACUGCACUCCAUCGUGUCGCUGGCUAUACUCAUUGGGUAUUACCAUCUUAAGGUGCCACUGGCUAUCUUCAAGCGUGAGAAGGAGAUCGCUCGUAAGCUGGAGUUUGAUGGUCUUUACAUCGCUGAGCAACCAGAGGACGACGACCUCAAGAGCCACUGGGAUAAACUCGUUAUAUCUGCCAAAUCGUUCCCGGUGAACUAUUGGGAUAAGUUCGUGAAGAAGAAGGUUCGUGCCAAGUACUCAGAGACUUAUGACUUCGAUUCCAUAUCCAACAUGCUGGGCAUGGAGAAGACUUCCUUCUCUGCUCAAGAAGAAGAAGGCAGCAAGGGACUGAUUCAUUACAUAAUCAAUAUAGACUGGCGUUACCAAGUGUGGAAGGCGGGAGUGACGAUCACAGACAACUCCUUCCUCUAUUCUCUAUGGUACUUCUCAUUCUCCGUGAUGGGCAACUUCAACAACUUCUUCUUCGCGGCUCAUCUACUAGAUGUCGCUGUUGGAUUCAAAACUUUGAGAACCAUUCUACAGUCCGUCACGCAUAAUGGAAAACAGCUGGUCCUGACGGUGAUGCUGCUUACCAUCAUAGUGUAUAUCUACACCGUGAUAGCGUUCAACUUCUUCCGCAAGUUCUACGUGCAGGAGGAGGACGACGAGGUCAAUAGGAACUGCCAUGAUAUGCUUACGUGCUUCGUUUUCAACCUGUACAAAGGCGUGCGAGCGGGCGGCGGUAUAGGUGACGAGCUGGAGCCGCCCGAUGGAGACGACUCCGAGGUCUACCGCAUCAUAUUCGACAUCACAUUCUUCUUCUUCAUCAUCGUCAUCCUGCUGGCUAUUCUGCAGGGUUUGAUCAUCGACGCGUUCGGUGAGCUGCGUGACCAGUUGGAGUCGGUGAAGGAAGACAUGGAGUCCAACUGCUUCAUAUGUGGCAUUAAUAAAGACUAUUUUGAUAAAGUGCCGCACGGGUUCGACACUCACGUCCAGAGAGAGCAUAAUCUAGCGAACUACAUGUUCUUCCUUAUGCAUCUCAUUAAUAAGCCCGAUACGGAAUAUACAGGUCAAGAAACGUAUGUAUGGAAUAUGUACACGCAACGAUGCUGGGACUUCUUCCCUGUCGGAGACUGCUUCAGGAAACAGUAUGAAGAUCUAAUGGGAGAAUAGACAACUACACCAUAAACAAUAUCGCUUAAACGUAGCAAUUUCAAAUUUAUUGCUCAAACUGAACACCAAUGAAUUGAAAUAAUCUAUUGCAAGUUUCUUACACGUCAAUACAAUAAU